AAUUUCAAACCUUGUAAAAGAUCUUCCCUUGACUUUGUGGCACUAUAUAACGUGCCAAGUAAACAUCUCAGCAUCUUCCAAGGUUGUCUUGGGCUGAAGAAGCUCAGAUGGUGUCGGCUAAUAUGGAUAUACCCAAAACUGGUUACAACCAAUAUUUGGUGAAAAGGGCGGUCUAUGCUGAAACGAAUUUUCAGGAGGAACAUGAAAAGAAAGAAAUUACUCAGAAGAAAAUUCGCGAAAGAUUGCAAAACAGCUGCAGCUGUUCAGCUAGAAGAGUCUUCCUGAUCAUCAAAUCAAUUUUCCCAAUACUGGAUUGGCUGCCCAAAUACCAAUGGAAGGAAUGGAUCGUGAGCGAUAUCAUCUCCGGGGUCAGCACAGGACUGGUAUCCACCUUGCAGGGUUUGUCUUUUGCGUUGCUGGCGGAAGUUCCUGUAGGAUAUGGUCUAUACUCUUCUUUCUUCCCUGUAAUAAUGUACAUGUUCCUGGGGACAUCCAAACAUCUCUCCAUUGGACCAUUUCCGGUGGUUAGUUUGAUGGUUGGUGUGGUGGUUCUUCAGCUGGCCCCAGAAGAAAACUUUAAACUGAGCAAUAGCACAUCAGUGGAACUAAACUUCACAAACCACACAAACAGCUCAGAAAAUUCAGGCUUAGACACUGAAAGAAUGAAUCAGCAGAGGGUGUUAGUAUCUGGAACACUCUGCGUCCUUAUCGGAAUUAUACAGCUCUUACUAGGUGUGUUGCAGAUCGGGUUCAUUGUACGAUAUCUUGGAGAGCCGUUGGUUGGCGGCUUCACAACCGCUGCAGCCUUUCAGGUCUUUGUGUCGCAAGUGAAACAACUUCUGAACGUUCCUACAAAGAAUUAUAAUGGAGUGUUGUCAAUUAUAUAUACCAUUAUAGACAUCUUCAAGAACAUUGCAAAAACCAAUAUUUGUGAUUUCGUCGCUGGACUUCUGGCCUUCUUAGUAUGUGUGGUGGUAAAGGAGAUAAAUGAACGGUACAAGCAUAAACUUCGAGUUCCCAUUCCGAUAGAGAUAAUUGUGACGGUGGUGGCGACUGGAGUGUCGUAUGGAGCGAAGUUUGAAGAGAAAUACAAGGCUGGCAUCGUCAAGACAAUUCCCAGUGGAUUCAUAAGUCCUAUCGCUCCCGAUGUUUCCAUGUUUCAGUCCAUGAUUGGGUCAGCUUUUUCCAUCGGCAUAGUUUCCUAUGCUGUGGCUGUGUCUGUGGCCAAAGUUUAUGGGACUAAAAAUAACUAUCCGGUGGACGGCAAUCAGGAGUUUAUUGCAUAUGGGGCGAGCAAUUUAUUUGGGGGAAUCUUCUCCUGCUUUUGCGCCAGUACUGCUUUAUCACGGACUGCCAUCCAGGAGGGCACAGGGGGAAAAACCCAGUUGGCCAGCUUGGUUUCAGCCGGAGUCGUGCUCAUCGCGAUAGUGGCACUUGGCCGGCUGCUGGAACCUCUACAAAAGUCUGUCUUGGCGGCUAUUUGCGUAGCCAAUCUCAAAGGUAUGUUCUGGCAAGUCAAAGAUGUACCGAAGCUGUGGAGAGAAAACAAAUGGGAUUCUCUGAUCUGGGUGUUCACCUGUAUCGCAGCCAUCAUCCUGGGUUUGGAUUUGGGGUUAUUGGCUGGAUUGGUAUUUGGAUUGCUCACCGUCGUUCUCCGAGUGCAGUUCCCUUCCUGCAGUGCUCUAGCAAACAUUCCUGAUACCGAACUGUACAAAAACGUAAAGCUGUACAAAGACCUUGUAGAGCCAGAUGGGGUGAAAAUCAUCCGGUUUUCCAGCGGUAUCUUUUAUGGUAACAUCGAAGGGUUGAGAAGCGGCAUUAGACGAAUUGUUGGAUUUGACUGUGUCCGAGUUUACACAAAAAGGACCAAAGCCCUUAGGAAGAUUCAUAAACUUAUCAAAAAAGGAGAGCUUACAACCACCAAGAAUGGAGUCAUCAGUCCAGUCGGCAUUGACAACCUUGGCUAUGAUUCAGCCGAUGAUCCAGAAGACCCUGACCAUGAGAUGGAAGAUGGAAUUCAAACAAAGGAAGUAGAGAUCCAAGUAGACUGGAACGCUGACCUACCUGUCAAAGUCUCUGUGCCCAAGGUGUCAAUUCACAGCAUAAUAUUUGACUUCAGCCAAAUAACAUUCCUGGAUGUGGUGGCCGUCAAAGUCCUAAAGCUGAUCUAUAAAGAAUUCAAGAGAAUUGAUGUAGAUGUUUACAUUGCAACUUGUGAAGAUUCGGUACUCAAAAAACUGGAAAUGUGUUCCUUCUUUGAGGAUGCAAUCCAGUAUGAUAUCUUCUUCCUUACGGUCCAUGAUGCUGUCCUUCAUAUAGAACAUGAAAAGAAGUAUAAACCUGGGCACGAUCCUCUUCUAGAAAAGAUCUCACUGAUGAAGGAUUCCAAUUAUUUGCCAGAAUACCAAGAGUUACAAGAACCAGACGAGGCUAUGAGAGCGUUGGCAUUCUGAAGAAAAACAAGCAUUUUCUGUUGCAUAUUGCACAUUAUGGACUCUACUAUCGUUACUCUCUUUGUUGUCUUAUGUAUCAUUAAAAUAAUCCUACCAAAAUGUA